UGUAUUUUUGCUACGCGUCCUAUUUGAUUUCACUUGUGUAUUUCUCGCGACGUUAAUACCGCAGAAAACCCUGCCUGAUUUCCCUCGCUAUUCCCCCCCGUCUACAACAGUAUUUUCUCUCUACGGUGUCUAUUUUCAGGAAUUCAGUGUCCUCUCCAGUAUUUUCCACAGAUUCCCUCACCGCGAUGUCCAACUAUCCCCCAUCGCCCUCCUUCGGGGCCCCGUUUAAUUACACCCCGUGGCCUUCACACUACCCUCCAACACCAGGAUCGAACCUGGGGCCUCAGAACCUGGCGUUUCCAUCGGAUUAUUCAAACCCAGCCCAGCAGCCACGAAUGAACGUCAACCUGCCUGACUAUAAUAAUAUGGGCGGUUUCAACGCAAAUGCGCGAAUACCGUUGCCUGGUCUAGGAGCAGCUCAGCAUGCGCCGGCACCGUUUCUCCCACCAGGAUUCGCUAUGAUGAAUCAACUAAAUCCAUCUCAACUACCACCUCCUCCAUUCCCUCCUGUCCCAGUACCCUCAGUCAGAUACCCGCCAAUGCCGCCGCCUGUUCCCCCUAUUCAGAGCCAGCAGCAACCUAUGUACCACCCAAAUAUUCCUACCUCUAAGAACAGCCACCCGACAAACGUGUCUGAGAUAGAGAAGCUUCGCGCCCCGAUAGUUGUCGAGGAUCGUGAGGAAGGGGAGUUGAGUGACGGAGAGGAAAGCGCGUCGUGUCAGAAACCCGGCAGUCGCAAUCGUUCCUCCCUCCCCGCCGCGUCGCAGCAGUUGAAGGAUCUCGGCAGCACCAGAAAAUCAGGAUCUACCCAACAUUCUAAUGCUCAGGGAACUUCGGGCCCCGCACUGCCUUCACAUAUGCCCUCUGAGAGUGAGACGGAUUCUGAAGAUGAAGGCAAGGCUUCAUCUUCUGAAAUUGGGUCCCGGGACAGAGACAGCAGCUCCCCGUAUAACCCCCCUGUUUCAGUAGCCCUGGAUUCGCCGGUUGUAGUUGCGACCGCUGUGUCAGAGGCCCCCAGUACGUCAAAAUCGCCGUCUGGUGGUCGGCUUCCCCACGCUUCUUCAACCCCCCUCUCAGAACCUACCAAAUCGCAUGCGCAGCUCCGCGUUCAAGCACAGGGUGCUCUCUUGAGCCUAGCGCCUCAUAAUAUUCGAUAUACAGAGCUCGUCCAGGAAGGGAUUAAUCCAGUUGUUCUUAAACGACUUUACGAGGAGGUCGGGAUAAAAGUCGCGUCACCACAAUCGCCCACAGACUUGGACAAGGACAAUGUCAGCUUGGGGUCUGAUAUAUCUGUGACUCCGAUUCAGAAACCUGACGUGGACUCAAAUCAGUCUCUUGCUCUGUCAGACGAACCAGUUUCGAUUCCCGUCCUCUCCGAGAAUUUGACAUCUGAAAAGGCCAAAAUGGCCAAAGAGAUUACCCCAGCGCUCCCACAACCCGAUUCACAAACAACCACCAAUAAGCCGUUGGAGAGGAAAGAAGUCAUUGCACGUAUGCUCGCAGCAAAAGCAGCAAAGGCCUCAGCCCCAUCCCCUGCUCCCGUCAAGACACUCGUCCAACUUGAAACAACCACUAAACCACCUCCAGCUGGACCUGAACCGGAUGAAAGGCUUGUUUCGAUAACCCCCUCAACUGCUACUUCGGCCAAAGACGUAAGCGUGAAAGAAAAAAACAAAGCCCAGACAGAGCUGGCCCGGCAAAGGAUUGAACAGUUGAAGAAACAAGGGCUUAUGAGAAGUCAGCAAAAGACUCAGGUAGAGGUUGCCCCUCAAAACCAGUUGCCUGAGUUGAGCGAGAGUUUGCAAGUUGUCGACCAGGCAUUCACCCCGUCUCCAUUCCAGCAUCCUCUCCCUAGCCGCCCGCCCGAACCAGGGUCUUUUUUCGGACAUAUCCCUGGGUUAUCUAUGAUGCACUCACAGCAGCAGUCUUCGUCUCAAGAACCGGCAUCCAGGCAAGAAGAGGUAUUCGCUGCUGAACUAGCAACUCAAACCCGAUCCACACACCGCAAACGCCCAAUCGCGUCUGACUUUGAUGAAUCGUCCAUCAUUCCAAAGCGCCCUUUCGGCCAGUCUGAUGAUGACAGGACUUCCGAUGAAAAGCUCAUUAUCGACAUUAGCGAUGACGAGAAUCUGUAUGGCGAUGAUGAGGAUGGACUGGACCUUGAAAGCUCCACGAAUCGCAUAUUUUCUGAUGAUAGAGUUCCAAAUGGUCCCCAAUUUGCCCUUCGAAGCCAAGCUGCGUCGACAGAUUUCUCGCUCGGCAGAUCCGCAGGAUUGAGUCAUGCACGACCUUCAGCCUCUUCAACCCCCCAGACGCCGUUUAGAAAUAGUGAUCAUGAAGAUCUACGUCGGAAAGAUCUGGAGAUUCAGGCGAUGCGCCGACGUAUCGCUGAGAUGGAGCAACGAAGGAAAGCCAAAUUGGCUGCAAGCCGAACAAAAUCACCCGGGCCUCUGGACUCAUCUACUUCGCCGUCAGGAACGUCCUCUCCGAGCGAUGUUCAGUCUGUGAAGAGCUCGGGAUUGUCGCCUGCCGAGCUAUCUACCAGUCUGCCGAUACUUGGACGCAAGACUCCCUUAAAUUUAGCUUCAGCAGAUUUCUUGCGGCUGGAAGCCUUGCGCUCAAAGCUUCAACGAAAGAAGGAGAUAGAACUUGGCCUUCCCGAUCUAGACGCCGAGAUUCUCAAAUCUGAAGAGAAACUGGCUGAAUGCAGGAUAGACGAAAACAAUUUGCUCAGAGAAAUAACGAAAGGCAAGCAAGGCAGACAGCAACUUCUCCAAGAACUGGAAUCCUUGGACACAGAGGUUGAUGGGGUAACAUUUGACGACAUUGAUGCGGCUGAAACCCAGAUAAGGAACGAAGAUGUUUCCCAAUUAGUUGAAGAGGCUCCUAACCCGGUUCCUUUGGUAUCCCCAGAUAGCGAAGAUGUUACCAUUCCGGAUGCGCCUAAUCUCGAGGACACUCCAGAGGAAAUAGCGGUUGUCAUCCCAAACCCAAACGGCAUAUCUGAAUCAGGUCUUCCGGCAGAUUCUGUUAUUCCAGCGUCUUGGGCUUCCAUCGAGCCUGAGUUGGAUGCACCUGUUGAUGCUGAAGUGAUACCUACAGUAACCGAGUCAGGAUUCAAUGCAUCCCCUACCCUUUCUGAAUCAUCUGGUUCAGCAAUGGAUGAGUCAAGUGAUUCGAGCAGGAGUACUCGUUCGCCAUCUGUUGAUCAGCAACCUUCGCGUCAAAUAUCCGCAGCCGCAGCGACAGCCACCACAUCUCCGGAAACAGCCCAAACCGAGGCUAUUGACAAUGUUCCAAAAGCUGAUCAUCUUGGUCCCAUGCUUGUCCCGAGCCCUGAACUUACUAGGAAUGUAGUCCCAGAGCCUGAAGCGCAACAGUCUGAGCUCGAUGUUGAGAGAUUGCAGUCUUCCCGCGAGUCAUCAGUGGCCUCCGAAGCUUACGAGCCUCCAGAGCCCGAGGUGGCAUCAGAAUGUGGUGAUGGUGUUGAUACUCCUCCCUUCAGCCCCGCGCCUCCUGAACCUAUAGAGCCUAUGGAAAUUUCCAUACCCUCAGACACCAUUACUACCGCUGACUCGCCGCUAAUGGGGACGGUCCAGGAACCUGAUCUUGAUCAAAACCAAGCCUCCCAUUCUUAUAUUCUUGAAGAUGAGUGGCCAUCAGAGCAACCAAAGGCAGCUUUCUCUCCCUAUAGGAGCCCCUUGAAGAUGUUCAGAGCCUACCGCUACCACCCUAACUUUUCUCAAAAUGUCUCUGGGGGCUACCGUUCUCUGACAUACAGCCAUAACAUUGACCCCAUGAGAUCCCUCUGUCCCUACGAGGCCGAUGGUGGCGUAUGCAAUGACCACUCAUGCGAAUUCCAGCAUUUUCGUGAUAUAACUCUCAGCGAUGACAAAAUUUUGGUCCAAAUGGGCUCUCUUCGAGAGGGCAAAACGCCUGAAGAGAAAGACGACUAUAUCACCGGGCUGAAGCAGAUCAUCAACGAUAUGCGGCGCGACAAAGUCAAGGAUUUCAACACUGUGGCGACAGAGAUAGCCGCCUACCGUAGACGUUUUCUUCAAGACGCGUCGCGUAUCCUCCCCCUGUAACAACACCGCAGCCAUCUUCUCCUAUUCCAAUCAUCCCCCUUCGAUAUCUCCCACAAACCGUUACAAAGGUGAGCCACUGCAUUGCCGUCAUUUGAACGUGCCAAAAACAAGACCACCAAGUGCAAGGUGUCGCGCCACAGGCUUGCGAUCCCAAGACAGGUUCUCACUGGAAUACACUUGUCUCCUCUGUUCCCUUGUGCCAUCCCCUUGUUUUCUUCCUUCUUCUUUUUCUAUUUAAUCUCCCUGGUACAUACUUUCAUCUUCUUGUGCUACAUAAGGGAUAUUCCUUCUUCGCCAUGCGAAGUUGUCUCUCCCACCGAAGGGUUGAUCUAUUAUUGCUGCGUGGCAUGAGGAUCAAUGAGGGAGGAAAGGCUUCUGGAAGGAUACAUAUAUACGGCUUUCGCAAGCAUUGGAGCGUAAGAAGAUGCCAAACUUGCCCCUUCCCGCAGCAGAGACAACUUUUUAAGAGUCGAUGACCAUCGAAUCUUCUGCUCAUUCC